AUCGCCGCGCGGAUGGAUCUGACUCGAGUAUCAGUAGUGCGGGCGGUGCAGUGGUCAGUUGGAUCAGUUCGCUGCUGACGGUACGGAUCUGUUUAUAAACCUGGCAGUGUGCUCCUUCUCUCUCUACACCACCUUUCUACCGCUCAGGAACCCUCGCAGACCGAGUCAUGGGGUUCCUACGGUGGUCCUCCGUUCUCUUCUUGCUCCUGGGAAGCUGCUUCGGACUCGACUUCAGGAAGGAUUCGGGCAGCUGCGAGAGAAUCACCAUUCCGAUGUGUAUCGGGAUCGGCUACAACAUGACGCGGAUGCCGAACCGUUUGGGCCACAUUGACCAGACCGAAGCCGCCAUAAAAGUGCACGAGUGGUCGUCCUUGGUGCAGUACGAUUGUUCCGUGAACCUGCGGUUCUUCCUGUGCUCCCUGUACGCCCCGAUGUGCACGGAGCAGGUCCCGGACAUUCCCAUCCCCGCCUGCCGGCCGAUGUGCGAGGAGGUCCGAGACGCCUGCUCCCCCAUCAUGGCACAGUUCUCCUUCUCGUGGCCGGAAAAUCUCAACUGCGACACCCUUCCUGAAGAGAACGACCGUGAGAAUCUCUGUAUGAAUGCCCCCACCACAUCGGAUUCUAAAGACUACAAGCAACCGACGGGGGACGGCGUCUUAGCCGCGCCGCCCGCCGCGCACAGCACGCCGAGCCCGAGGCAGAAGUGCCCGAACCCCGCCAAGUUCCUCUUCGUCGAAAAGUCGGGCGUCUGUGCCCCCAGGUGUAACGCCUCCAUAGACGUCUUCUUCAGUCGACAGGACAAGGAAUUCGUGGAGAUCUGGAUGGGGAUUUGGUCCGUCGUCUGCGUGGUUUCCACUUCUGUAGUCAUCUUGACUUUCAUGAUAGACUCUCGAAGAUUCAGGUACCCAGAAAGACCCAUUAUCUUCAUGGCUGUUUGCUACUUCUUUUACUCAAUCGGGUUCAUCUUGCGUCUUGGACUCGGCCGAGAAGCCAUCUCCUGCGAUAUGGACAGAGGGGAACCAUACCUGAUCCAGGAAGGACUAGAAAGCACGGGGUGCACGAUCGUGUUCCUGAUCCUGUACUUUUUUGGCAUGGCCAGCUCCCUGUGGUGGGUUAUACUCACCAUGACCUGGUUCCUAGCAGCAGGACUCAAGUGGGGACAAGAAGCCAUUGAAGCCCACAGCAGCUACUUCCAUCUGGCAGCCUGGGCAGUGCCUGCAGUCAAGACCAUCGUGGUCUUGACUUUGAGACGUGUGGACGGGGACGAACUGACUGGACUUUGCUACGUCGGGAACCAGGAUCGAACCGCUUUGACCUGGUUUGUGCUCGCGCCACUCUUCACCUACCUGAUCCUUGGUACCUGUUUCAUCCUGGCCGGAUUCGUGAACCUGUUCCGGAUAAGAAAAGUGAUGCGGCACGGAGGAAACAGUACGGAGAGACUCGAAAAACUCAUGAGUAGAAUCGGCAUCUUCUCCGUCUUCUACACAGUUCCAGCUACAUGCGUGGUCGCCUGUUACUUCUACGAACAGCAAAACAUGUCCACUUGGACCAUGGCUGCCCAAUCCAUCCCCUGUAACAACAGUGUGGACUGUAGACUUUCUAGCUCCAUCCCUCUGGUAGCUGUGUACUGUGUGAAGAUUGCGUUCCUCCUUCUCGUGGGGUGUUUCGGGACAUCUCUCUGGAUCUGUAGCGCCAAGACAAUGGAAUCGUGGCAGAACUUUUGCAACAGGAGGUUCGGAACGAAGAAAAAGUCGAACGUUUUGCUGUACCACCAUCCUCCAGGCAACGUUCCGGUGAAACAUCACGCCAGUCAUCAUGCAAGUGGCUCAGCUAAAGGGGUGACAGUGCACACCGCAGUGUAACAUCAGGACAAUGCAUUGUAAAAGACAAAAAGAUAUAACUAAAGUAUUUAAAUUCUAUUUUUUGGUGAUAGCAAACGGGUUAUGAGAAUGAUGAUAAGUUGGAAGUGUGAAAAAUGCAAAAUGAGCCAUAAUGUGUAACAAAACAUUGUUAGAUUUGUUACAGAAGGAAAAUGUAAAAAUAUAGUAUUUUAUUGUAACUUAAAGGAUGGUUAGUAUCUGUGGUGCUGUCCUAUAAAUAGUAGGAAAAGAGAAGGAUGUAAAACUGUGACUGUGAGACAGGUGAAGAAAUUGAUUGUGAGCCAUAAAAACAACAAAAAAGCCAGAUUUGUGUAGAUAUUUACAUGUGCCCAGAGGCAGUUGUAAUGUCAAGAAGUACAUAUACUUUUAUUUUCUAAGCUACAACUUUAAAGGUCAUUGAUGUGAAACGGUUUAUACUUUUGGCAAUAACUUGAGAUGUAUUUUGGAAACACGUUUUGUCUAGAGCUUCUUUCUGGAUGUGGAAAAUUUGUUGGAAAACUGUACCAGGAUGAUCAAUGUUUAUGUAAACACUUGGCCAUGUUUGUCGAUGCUCUUAGGGUGUUGAUUUGUUUUGGCAAACCACAAGGUUGGCAUUGUUAUAAAUGUAAAUAAUUCAACAAGCGUUUAACUUCAAAAGAUUCAUACGUCUAUGCCCACUCGGGCUCUUGCCAAGUGUUUGUAGUUGUUACAGAAGCUGUGUUCAUAAUAAUGUUGGGUUGGGCACACUCAGAACAUUAGCAGUCAUUAACUUUAUCCAUCAGGUGACUUGAUAAUUCUGCAGAAGAAAUCCCACGUAUACAAAUUCCAGAUGUGCAGUUUAGAAAUUGUUGGGACUCAAAUCGUGCACUGUGCCACAAUUUUUUUCCUGUAAAUAACUUCAAGUGGAAUUGAGAUACCUGGAAAUAGCAGAUGAAAGCUCUGUAUGCAGGAGUACUUCAUGUUUUGAAAUGAUUGGUAAAGUUCAGUGGCUGUUAUGCAUUUCCCUUGAAUGAUUUGUACAUUUACUGUUAACCUAGAGAACAUCCUGUUAUGUUUUAUUUCACAACUAGACACCGGUGCUGAGAUUAUUGUAGAGACUUCUGCAGCAUGUACAGACUGAGUUAAAGUUGUACCAAACCGUGAAGAACUUAACUUAAGUGCACUUACAAAGUUUAGAAAAAGAGGACUUGUAUUCAACAGUUUAAGAAAAUAAAAACCUGAAAUGUGGCAUUGA